CCCUCUGUCAGCUAAAAAGAACGAGCCUUUGCCUAUAGCGAAACCCAAAGACUGCACCUUUCCCCUCUCUCUCUCGAGCAGUUUCCAUGGCUGCGUUGAGAUUUCUUCCCGUUUUCCUCUUCUUUCUGUCACUUUCCAAGGACUGUCCUAGAACUUUUGGUGGCGACACGUCAUCAUCGUCCCCUGGAUCUUCGGAUGUGAAGCUUCUGUUGGGAAAGAUCAAGCCUUCACUACAAGGUAACAGUGAGAAUCUACUGCUGUCUUCAUGGAACUCAUCAGUUCCUGUCUGUCAAUGGAGAGGGGUAAAGUGGGUAUUUUCAGAUGGAUCUCCGCUUCACUGCACGGACCUCUCUUCACCGCAAUGGACCAACCUAUCUCUCGUCAAGGACCCAUCCCUUCACCUUCUCUCUCUGCAGCUCCCUUCUGCGAAUCUCACCGGUUCACUUCCUCGGGAGAUUGGUGAGUUCUCGAUGCUUCAGAGUCUGUUCCUCAACAUCAACUCCUUAACUGGGUCGAUCCCUCUCGAGCUUGGUUACACUUCUUCUCUGUCUGAUGUUGAUUUGAGCGGUAAUGCCCUGGCUGGGGUUUUGCCUCCAUCGGUUUGGAACCUCUGUGAUAAGCUUGGCUUCCUCAGCUUUCAUGGUAAUUCGCUGUCUGGGUCCUUGCCUGAACCCGCUUUGCCAGAUUCUACUUGUAGUAAUCUGCAAGUUCUUGAUUUGGGUGGUAAUAAGUUCACUGGUGGUUUCCCCGAGUUUAUAACGAGAUUCAAAGGUGUAAAAGAGCUCGAUCUUUCAAGUAACAUGUUCGAGGGUCCUGUUCCUGAGGAUUUGGCUGGAUUAAAACUUGAAAGGCUCAACCUUUCACACAACAACUUCAGUGGGGUGUUGCCGGAUUUUGGUGGAUCAAAGUUUGGUCCGGAAGCUUUCCAAGGGAACAGCCCUAGCCUUUGUGGGUUGCCCUUAAGACCCUGUCUUGGUUCCUCUAGUUUGAGCUCAGGUGCUAUUGCUGGUCUCGUGAUUGGUUCAAUGACCGGGGCCGUGGUCCUGGCCUCGUUGUUAAUCGGGUAUAUGCAGAACAAGAAGAGAAAGAAUAGUAUAGACAGUGAAGAUGACUUGGAAGAAGGAGAGGAAGAAGAAAACGGCGAUAAAGAUAGUGGCGAAGGGAAGCUGAUUGUGUUCCAAGGUGGUGAGCAUCUGACACUCGAAGAUGUCUUGAAUGCAACAGGACAAGUGAUGGAGAAGACAAGCUAUGGCACUGUCUAUAAGGCGAAGCUUAGCGAUGGAGGGACAAUUGCAUUGAGGCUAUUGAGAGAAGGUAGUUGCAAGGAUAGGAGUUCUUGCCUGCCGGUGAUAAAGCAACUGGGAAGGAUUCGGCAUGAGAAUUUGGUUCCUUUGAGGGCUUUCUAUCAGGGAAAGUAUGUUAAUGGGGGCAAAAUAAAAAGGUAAAUUUUACACGGUAUCUUUCCAUUAAUCUUUAUUCAUAGCUUGUUAUAUAGACCGGGAAAACCGGUGUUGAACUGGGCUCGGAGGCACAAGAUUGCACUGGGAAUAGCUCGAGGGCUCGCUUAUCUUCAUGUCGGGCAAGAAGUACCCGUCAUACACGGGAACGUCAGGUCGAGAAAUAUUCUCGUGGAUGACUUUUUCUUCGCCAGGAUCACGGAGUUUGGUCUGGACAAGUUGAUGGUACCAUCUGUAGCUGAUGACAUAAUCUCGCAGGCAAAAUCCGAUGGCUACAAAGCGCCCGAGCUCCACAAGAUGAAGAAGUGCAACCCGAGAACCGACGUCUACGCAUUCGGAAUCCUUCUUCUGGAGAUUCUGAUGGGGAGAAAACCCGGGAAGAACGGGAGGAACAGCGAGUUUGUGGAUCUGCCCGCUCUGGUUAAAGUAGCUGUCUUGGAGGAAACGACAAUGGAGGUUUUUGACGUGGAGGUGCUGAAAGGGAUAAGGAGUCCGAUGGAAGAGGGUCUGGUUCAGGCAUUGAAGCUUGCAAUGGGAUGCUGUGCUCCGGUCCCGACGGUCAGACCGGCCAUGGAUGAGGUCGUGAGACAGUUGGAAGAGAACAGGCCGAGGAAUAGGUCGGCUUUGUAUAGUCCUACAGAGACGAGGAGCGAGGCCGGGACUCCGUUUUGAGGGCUAUGUUUUUUUUUUUUUUUUUUUUUUUGGAAUUUCUGCAUUUGAGAGUAGGUGAAGGUGUUAGAAGGUGGAACCAUCUCUCAUUUGUAUAACUCUAUUUCAUAUUGCAAGUGUUUCAAACCAUACAUACGCCUAAUCUUGAAUCGAGAAAGUAUCAUUUGGCAUGAGAAUGUGUAGUUUUACAUGUAACUGUAAGGAGGUGAAAGUGGAUUAGUAUCCGAGAUUUUCGGGUUAUCCGGUCUUAAUCUCGA